AUGCUGCAAAGAGCUGCAAAUGAUGCAUGUUCAUGGUGGUGGGCUAGCCACCUUAGGACAAAGCAAUCAAAAUGGCUCGAGCAAAGCCUUCAAGAUAUGGAAUUGAAGGUGCAAGAUGCGCUUAAGCUCAUUGACGAGGACGGAGACUCCUUUGCCAGACGAGCCGAGAUGUACUACAAGAAGCGGCCUGAGCUGAUACAGUUUGUAGAAGAAUCUUUUCGUGCCUUUCGAGCCUUGGCCGAACGAUAUGACCACCUAUCUAAAGAUCUGCAAAAUGCCAACCAUACAAUUGGUACUGUUUGUCCAGAAAAGCUUCAAUUUGCAAUGGACGAGGACGAUGAAUGUGGUAGCCCUGGAUUUCGUAGGACUUCUGAUGUUCCUAAGCUUGACAGGACCGCGAUUAAAUAUUUGAAACAUCUGAAAACAACUAGUUCAGAGCAAUUGCAAGCCGAUAAGUACUCAAAAGCGGUAGAGAGUGAUGAAAUCGUUGAAAAAUCCGGUUUGAGUAAAAGCGAAGCUCUUGAACAGAUGGACAAGCUUCAGAAAGAAAUUCUCGUGCUGCAUACUGUUAAAGAGUUUGCAAAGACCUCUUACAAAAGUGGGAUAGCGAAAUAUUGGGGAAUCGAGAAUCAGAUGAUGGAAAUGCAGCAAAAACUCUGCAAGUUACAAGAUGAAUUUAACGUGGAAACAGUUGUUAAGGAUGCUGAGGCUCGAACUUUAAUGGCUGAAACCGCAUUGAAAUCCUGUUUAGAAACCUUGGUUCAUUUGCAGGAGAAACAAGAACGAUAUAGCCAAGAAGCGAGAGAGGAAUACAAGAAGAUUGAGGAUGCCAAUGGUCGACUGAAGUCCCUCAGGCACGAAUAUCUUAAUGAUGAAACUGAUAAAAAGGGGCCAACUGAGAGUGAUAUAACAGAAACAGUGGAGCAGGUUCUAGAAAGCUCGAAUAAAGAAGUGGAUGAUGUGAUUGAGGAAAUAAGGGACAAAAAAGAACCAGGCUCCUCUGAAUCUCUCGAUGUGAUGGAAUUGACUGAGAAAAUUGAUGAGCUUGUCAAUAAGGUGAUCAGCAUAGAAUCUGGAAUGUCAUCUCGGACUGUUCUUAUUAAUAGGUUAAGAACAGAAGCUGAUGAUCUCCAUGCGCAGAUUCGGGAUUUGGAAAAUGAAAAGGGGACUCUGAUUAAUGGAACGCACGACAGGAGUAGCAGGGUGAAAGAAUUGGAGGAAAAAUUGCACACGCUUCAGGAGCUAAACAAAGAUGUGGAAUAUCAAAACAACAAUCUCCAUACGAACUUUGUUGAACCUCGUUCGAGUCUUGAUCACUUAUCUGAAAAACUGACUAGUGUUAAGCCAGACGAAGUGCGGGAAGUUACUGACUCAUUGCAAGAUAACGGGGGGGCUGUUGUUGAAGCCGAGUGGCAAGAUGUUCCAAGUCCUGGUCACGCUUAUAAAAACCUUGGUGCUUCGAAAACUGAAGAUGGAGAGAAAGUGAAUGAUGGGGAUAUAAUGGAUCAGGGUCAGGAGGCAUCUGUUGAUAAUCGACAAACUGAAGGUAUAAAGGUGACUAAAAAAACUGUCACGUUUUUGGACCCAAAACCAAAGGAAAAAAAUUCCGAGGACCAAAGAGGGAAUGAGCUUCUCAACAAUGAAUCACUAGGCGAUGAAGAGAAAAAGGAAGAGCUAAACUGGCAGUUGAUGCUCUUGAAUGGACUAGAGGACAGAGAGAAGAUUCUGCUAACAGAAUACACUGCAAUUCUAAGGAACUACAAAGAUGUGAGGCGGAAACUUAGUGACAAGGAGAAGAAAGAAAAGGAUGCGCAAUUUGAGACGACAGUGCAAAUGAGAGGAAUGAAGAGUGCUAUUGCUAAGAGGGAUGCAGAAAUUCGACAAUUAUGCCAAAAAUUGAACCGUCUUCAAGGAAAAUUGUGUGAACAUAAUGAUUUUGAAUUGAGCGAUGAUGCCAAUCUUCCCAUCACAAAUGAAGAAGAUAAAAUCAAGUUCGUCUUCAUUGAUAAAGAUCCCGCUAUUUCAGUUUUUGAGGAAAAACUCCAAAGGGAUAUUGAUGCAAUACGAGCCGAAAACUUGGACUUCUGGUUAAGAUUAAGCUCUGCAUUUCAGCAAAUCAAGAAAUUCAAGACUGAAUUCCAAGGUUUACGAGAUGAAGCAGCAAGACUUAAUGAGAAAAAGAAACAAGAAGGAAGCAUUAAACCGGACCUAAAACCAGACUGCCGACUAAUAUACAAGCACAUGAGAGAGAUACAGCUGGUACUAACAGGUUGGGUGGAGGAAAACGUGUCCGUAAAAACUGAACUAAACCGAAGAUUUGAAUCUUUAUGUCAUGUUGAAGAGGAAAUCAAAAAGGCUUUCGAGGGUUCUGAAGAAGACGAAAUUAUAUUAAGAAGUUAUCAAGCUGCAAAGUUUCAAGGUCAGAUUUUGAAUAUGAAACAAGAAUACAAGAAGAUCGAAAAAGAACUUCAAGAAGGUUUCGAUUAUGUGACUGCAUUACAAGGUGAAAGUGAAACCACACUUCGGAAGUUGAACGAUGAAUUUUGUAUUUCAGGUGAUCAACAACAACCGAGACAUUCUGUGAAUCGGCCUCGAGUUCCAUUACGAGUUUUUAUGUUUGGAACUAAACCAAAGAAGUAUAGGCAUUCUAUUUUCUCCUGUAUAAGGCCUAACAGAAAAUUCCAGGCCCUGAUAGGAGGCAUAUCUACGAAAAGUUACUAA